ACUGCGCCGCCGUCAUGUCGACCGCCAUGAACUUCGGGAACAAGAGCUUCCAGCCGCGGCCGCCGGACAAGGGCAGCUUCCCGCUGGACCACUUCGGCGAGUGUCGGAGCUUCAAGGACAAGUUCAUGCGGUGUCUCCGCGAGAACCGCUUCGAGAACGCCGCGUGCCGGCUCGAGUCCCGAGAAUACCUGCGCUGCCGGAUGGACAGGCGACUGAUGGCGCAGGAGCCCUUGGAGAAGCUGGGAUUCGGAGACCUGGAGGACGGCAAGGCCGAGGCCCAGAGAAGUGCUGAGUAGCCCUGGCGAGGCGGCCCUGCCGGGCUCCCCUCCCCUCAUGGUCUGUCCUCUUAGCUGUGUGAGCAGGGUGGCUCCAGGCCGUGGGGUGAGGGUGUGGCCACACCUGCUGUGCCCUCAGCCUGGGGGAGAGCCAGGCUUCGUCAGAUGGACACGAGGGUGACCUGCUCAGGCGUUCCGGCUUUUCACUCCUGAGUCCUGUGCUCGCCAGUGGACGAGGGCCAGUCAUGGCAGCCCUCCUGGGUCCAGAUGCCAAGGUGGCGAGUCAGGGUGACUGACGUGGACUGCUCAGACUGAAUGAAAAGCCCCGUGUGCACAGGCUGCCUCUGUCCGUGACUAAUGGGGAGGGACCAGCCCCGCACGUGGCCCCUGGGCCCCGUCUGUCUGCAGAGGAGGUGGGGCGGAGCUGU